AUGAUGCUCCUCCUAUUCCCAGUCCUUGUUCAAACCAGACGAGAAUAUCCGAGUGUAAGGCCGCAUCUCGUAGUAGUAGGGACCGACUCGCAUACAGAAGCAAAGUUCGAAGAGCGAAAAUAUGAUGACAUUAUCGAAGCUCUCAACGACGAGGAGAGGUGGGAGAACAGCCAGGCCAUGCCUACGGAACGGUAUGUGGUCAGUAAGCUGCUCUCUCACUACAUGGCAUAUGAGAUGGUCCGACUUACACCUUCCGUCAACGGUGAGCCUGCCAUUGUCGUCAACAUCGUCCCUCCGGGUUUCUGCAAAUCCGAGUUGAAAACACACGACUCGGCUCCGUCGUGUCUGCUGAACUCGAUACCUUUCCUAACUCUGAGGACUCCUGAAGAGGGAAGUAAAACUAUCGUAGACGCUACCGUCCGCGGAAUAGGUUCCCAUGGCAAAUACAUCGAGCAUCAGAAGGUCGCGAGGGUCGGAAAAUUAGUUUCAUCCGACGAAGGGCUGAAAAUAAGAAACAAGAUAUGGUAUGAGGUUGUGGAAAUUCUCGUUUCAGCUGUACCUGCUGUCGAGCGCGUGGUUUAUGGCGAUUUCUGA